GCCCGCCUACUGCGCGAGGACCGGCUCCCGGCAGGGCGGCCAGGCAUGGGAAGGGGGCCGCAGGGGGCCGGAGGGGGGACACGAGGGGAGCCCCGGACCCCCCGCCAUGCUGAACCUGGCCGAGUUCUGCCCCGAGGGGCCCUACCCCGGCCUGGACGCCGACCCCCUGCCUGGGGGUGACCCCGCAGGAGACUUCCCGGGCCCCCCGGCCGACGGCCCCGACUACUUCUUCCCGGACGGGCCCCGGCCCUCGCCGCCCCCGGCCGCCGGCUACGCGGGCGGCUUCCUCAUCCGGGCCGUCGCCGACCGCCCGCACGACCGGGAGACGCUCUUCAACCUCAUGUCCGGCAUCCUGGGCCUGUCCCCGUUCCCCGGGCCGGAGGGGCCGGCCCGCCCGCCCGACGGCCUCUACCCGGCGGCCGAGGCCUUCCCGGGUCACCCCGACCCCUACCCGCCCCGCGCCCCGGAGCUCGACGCCCCGGGCCCCGCCGCCUUCGCCGACCCGGGCUGGGCGGCCCCCUGCCCGGCGCGGGCCUCCCCUCCGGCGGGGCCCCCCCAGUGUCUCUUCGAGCCCCGGCUCUCCCCGCCGGACGUCAAGCCGGGCCGGCCCCCGCCCGGCCCCGAGGGGCCCGGCUUCGAGGCCCCGUACCCGCCGUGGGACGGGCCGCCCGUCGGCGGCUACCGGGCCGGGCCCGGCUUCCCGGCCGGCGUCGGGGACGGGCCGGCGGCCCGGCCCUCCCCGGGCCGCCCCAGGACGGACACGGCCGCCCCCGCGGAGCCCAAGCGGAAGGGGCGGCGGGCCAAGUGCGGCCCCCGCCGCUUCUGCCCCCGGCCCCACGCCAAGGCCUUCUCCUGCCCCGUGGAGACCUGCGUCCGCAGCUUCGCCCGCUCGGACGAGCUCAACCGCCACAUCCGCAUCCACACGGGCCACAAGCCCUUCCAGUGCCGCAUCUGCCUGCGCAACUUCAGCCGCAGCGACCACCUGACCACCCACAUCCGCACCCACACGGGCGAGAAGCCCUUCGCCUGCGAGGCCUGCGGCCGCCGCUUCGCCCGCAGCGACGAGAAGAAGCGCCACGGCAAGGUCCACGUCAAGCAGAGGGCGCGGGCCGAGGAGAAGCUCAAGGGCUUGGGCUUCUACGCCGUGGGGCUCUCCUUCGGGACCCUCUAGGAGAAUCCCCCCCCC